AUGGAAAGACAAUCAGUCAAUCAAAGCAGCAGCGAUAAUGACGCAUCCAUGACCGAGUGGCAAGUGGAACGUAUCCAAAGACACAGCGUUCUUCGUGAUGCAAUCUACUACCACGUGGUUUGGAAACCAACCUGGGAAUCCGAAGAUAAACUUCAACACAUGCUACCCGACAUCAUCGCUUGGAACACUUGCCAUCGCUAUCCUGAAUCCAUAAGAAGACCGUCAAAUCAGUUUGACCCUACUCUGGAGCACUGGUCGGGAAAGGUCAUCGGGAGGAAAGAGGUGGACGGCCUGGCUUACUACAAGAUCCAGUGGGAAGCGACCAUGGAGCCGGAAGCCAAUCUAGAGAAUGCAAAAGGCCUCGUGAGGAAAUAUUGGGAUACAUUCUACAAAGCCUAG